UGAGUUGAAUGGAACACAGUCAGAAACACACCAGCGCACCGAAGCGACCCGAGCCGAAAACAACUUCUCUGAGACACACUAUGUCCGCUUCUGUUAACCACGCGCUUUUAAUGCCAUAACUGAGAUCAAUGUGUGAAUUGUAAGAAGGCGAAUGGAAGUAUUUUGGGAUUACAACGUCCUCUCCUGAACUGCGGUACCUAAAACUCAGACUACAAAGGGGCGUCAGGUCGGACACCGCUAACAUGGAAACGUUCUUUGUGGAGGGGGCCCACGUCUGGCUGAGGCAUAAAGAGCAGCUCCUCCCAUCCACAGUCAGCUCCUGCGAUGAUGUCUCCCUGGUCCUCACCACCGACUAUGGAAAGGUGAUCUACCUGCAGAGGGCGGAGCUUACCAGAGAGAUGGUAUUCCAGAUGCACCCGAGCAGCAUCAAUGGAGUGGAGGACAUGUCCACGCUGGCCGAGCUGCAUGAGGCCGCAAUCAUGCACAACCUGUUUCUGCGCUACAACAAAGACAGCAUUUACACCAACAUUGGCUCCAUCCUGGCGGCGGUGAAUCCCUACAAACAGAUCCCCGGCCUCUACGACAGCCCAGCAGUCGACCUUUACAGCAAACACCAGAUGGGGGAGCUUCCUCCUCAUAUCUUCGCUGUGGCCAACGAAUGCUACCGCUGUCUGUGGAAGAGACAUGACAGCCAGUGUGUCCUCAUUAGUGGCGAGAGCGGUGCUGGGAAGACAGAAAGCACCAAGCUGUUGUUGAAGUUUCUCUCAGUCAUGAGCCAAAACUCGACAGGGACUCCUCUGUCGGAGAGGACGACCAGAGUGGAGCAAGCGCUCAUACAGAGCAGUCCCAUCAUGGAGGUGUUUGGGAACGCCAAAACGGUCUACAACAAUAACUCCAGUCGCUUUGGGAAGUUCAUCCAAUUGCACUUUUCUCAGAAUGGAAACAUCCAGGGCGGCUGCAUUACUGACUAUUUGCUUGAGAAGAACCGAGUCGUGCGGCAGAAUCCAGGUGAAAGAAACUACCACAUCUUCUAUGCACUCUUAGCUGGAGCUGACAAAGACCACAGAGAGGAGUAUUUGCUUAAUGAGGAUGCCGAGUCGUACCACUACCUGAGUCAGUCGGGCUGUGUGCGGGACAGCAGCCUGGAUGAUAAGCAGCUUUUCGACAGUGUUAUGGCUGCGCUGAAAGUGAUGGAGUUCACCGAAGAGGAGAUAAGAGAUGUUUUUAAGUUGCUCUCUGCCGUCCUCCAGAUGGGAAACAUUGAAUUUAUGACAGCUGGCGGGGCUCAAAUCACUUCCAAUGGAGUGGUCAGCAAUGUCAGUGAGCUGCUGGGCCUGGACUCGUUCCAGUUGUCAGAGGUGCUGACCCAGCGUUCGAUGAUCCUCAGGGGAGAGGAGAUCUGCUCGCCGCUCACCGUGGAGCAGGCUGUGGACUCGCGGGACUCGGUUGCCAUGGCACUUUACUCUCAGUGUUUCUCCUGGAUUAUUAUGAGGAUCAACCACAAGAUCAGAGGCAAGGACAACUUCAAGUCCAUUGGCAUCCUUGACAUUUUCGGUUUUGAGAACUUCGAGGUGAACCGGUUUGAACAGUUUAAUAUCAACUACGCCAACGAGAAACUCCAGGAGUAUUUCAACAAGCACAUCUUCUCACUGGAGCAGUUGGAGUAUAACAGGGAGGGGAUCCAGUGGGAGGCCAUAGACUGGAUGGACAAUGCUGAGUGUCUGGAUCUUAUCGAGAAGAAACUGGGCAUGUUGGCUCUUAUCAAUGAGGAGAGUCGCUUCCCCAAAGGCACAGACUACACCCUUCUGGAGAAACUGCACAGUCGUCAUGCAACAAACCAGUACUAUGUAAAGCCACGAGUGGCUGACCACCAGUUUGGCAUCAAGCACUACGCUGGAGAGGUGCUGUAUGACGUGCGUGGGAUCCUGGAGAAAAACAGGGACACCUUCCGAGACGACAUCUUGUUCAUCCUCAAAGACAGCAGGCUCGACUUCAUCUACGACCUGUUUGAGCGGGUCGGUAGCAGAAACGGAGACGAGACCCUCAAGAUGGGCACCGCACGACGCAAGCCCACCGUCAGCUCUCAAUUCAGGGAUUCUCUUCACUCCCUCAUGGCCACACUAAGUGCCUCCAACCCUUUCUUUGUCCGCUGCAUCAAACCAAACAUGGACAAGAAACCCAACCAGUUUGAUUCUGAGGUGGUCCUGAACCAGUUGAGGUAUUCUGGCAUGCUGGAAACCGUAAAGAUUCGUAAGGCUGGAUUUCCUGUUCGCCGGACGUUCAAGGAUUUCUAUAGCAGAUACAAGAUGAUUCUGAAGAACCAGAAGCAGACCGACGAUGACAAGCAGAGCUGCUCUGACCUUCUUCUGAUUCACAAUAAAAAAGAGUGGCAACUGGGAAAGACGAAGGUGUUUUUGAAGGAAGCCCUGGAGCAAAGGCUGGAGAAGGAGAGGGAAGAGGUGCGGCACAGGGCUGGCAUGGUGAUCCGCGCCCACAUCCUCAGCUAUGUGGCAAGGAAGCAGUACAAGAGGGUUUUGUCCAGCGUCAUCACCAUCCAGAAGAACUAUCGAGCUCACUUUUGGAGACGAGUCUUCCUACGGAUGCGCUCUGCCUCUAUCAUCCUGCAGAAGCACCUCAGAGGCAGACGGGCUCGAUUCCUCUACCGACAGCUCAAGGAAGAGAAGCAGAGGCGAGAGGAGGAGGAGAGGAAGCGAGUAGAAGAGGAGAAGAGGAGGAUGGAAGAGGAGAGGAGGAAACUGGAGGAGGAGAAAAGGAGGCUGGAGGAGGAGGAGGAGCAACAGAGGCGGAUGAAGGAGGAGGAGGAGGAGAGGUUGAGGAGGCAGGAGGAGAUCAGAGCCCUGAAGGAGGAAGAGCAGAAAAUGGCAGCCAAACUUGAAAAAAGGAACUCACUUGUGAACGGAGCUUGUCACAAGAAGGCGCUGGCUCCUUCCAUGUCCAACAAUCACACCUCAGAGGAAGAGAGCCGGCAGAUGGAGGAGAUCCUGCGUCUGGAGCGGGAAAUCGAGCGUCUCCAGAAGCAGCAGGAAGAUGGCGUGUCCCUCCUGGGAGACGUGUCCCGAGAGGAGCUGCGUCUGAGGAGGGAAGCAGAGAUCUAUAGACUUGAGAAGGAAGCUUCCCGAGUGGCUACAGAGUUCCUGGAGCUCUUAGACUUCGGUGGUUUGGAACCAUCCCUGUCGAGUGAGGAGAACCUGCACGACCCGACUGAGUCUACUGCCCCUCUGGCGGAGGAGGAAGUGGACGAGGGUUUUCACGCUGAUGACGAAUGCAUUCCUCUGCCAGACUUCCCCCCACCAGCCACGGUUCCUCUGGACAAGGAGGUCUUCCAAAGUAUCCCACCUCCUCCUCCUGCUUUUGCAGAGGGGCUGUUGGUUAGUCCAGUGUCUGCCUCUUCUCCUUCCAUGGUGAAACACUUUCCGCCGAUCCCUAAUGGAGUAAACCACACCCAACCAAUCGCUGACCAGACUCCCUCUUUGCUAACUAAUGGAGAGAAAACGCUUGGCCAGCGAGUCAGCGGCGGCUCCGACAUCGAAGCUCCUCGUGAGGAGCUGUGCUUCUCCAUCCUGCCAGAUACAGAGUCGGAUUAUGACCAGGAAGAGUUUGAGGAGGCUCAUGGGAACUCCGGAGCCAGCACCAAUGAAGACCACAUUACCAAGGUUGUACGAAAAUCCUCCUGCACGCACAACAGCCUGGACUCCUUUAAAGGAAGCGUGGAUUCGUUCAUCGACAGUGACGAGGACAACGAUGGAUAUGUGGACACGGACGAGGAGGUGUCCAACGGCAGAGUCAAUUUGCUGCAUAGCAACGGGCCUCCAUACUUCCAUGGCUACCUCUACAUGAAGAGUGGACUCAUGAUCCCUUGGCGCCGUCGCUGGUGUGUCCUCAAAGAUGAGACCUUCAUGUGGUUUCGGGCGAAACAGGACUCACUUAAAUCUGGCUGGCUCUACAAGAAGGGCGGAGGGAUGUCCACGCUGUCUCGUCGCAACUGGAAGAUGCGCUGGUUCGUCCUGAGAGAGUCCAAGCUCAUGUACUAUGAGAACGACAGCGAGGAGAAACUGAAAGGAACCAUUGAUAUUUGUGCUGCCAAGGACAUUGUGGACAAUCAUGAGAAGGAAAACGCUCUGAACAUCAUGACUGAGGAGAGAACCUACCAGAUCUAUGCAGAAUCCCCUGAAGAUGCCAGUGGUUGGUUCAAUGUGUUGAGUCGGGUCCACAGUGCCAAUCACCAGCAGCUCAUGGAGAUGCACCACGAGCAGGCCAACCCAAAGAACGCAGUGGGUACGCUGGAUGUUGGCUUGAUCGAUUCUGUGUGUGCGUCAGACAACCCAGACAGACCCAACUCGUUCGUCAUCAUCACGGCCAACCGGGUGAUCCACUGCAACACGGACACACCGGAGGAGAUGCACCACUGGAUCGGACUGCUGCAGAAGUCUAAGGGGGACACUCGGGUGGAUGGUCAGGAAUUUCUGGUCAGAGGCUGGCUGCACAAAGAGAUGAAGUCUGGGGUCAAAACGUCUCUCAAGUUGAAGAAGCGCUGGUUUGUCCUCACCACAAACUCUCUGGACUACUAUAAAUCUUCCGAGCGAAGUGCUUCCAAACUGGGAACGCUGGUCCUUAACAGCCUGUGCUCAGUGGUGCAGCCAGACGAGAAGGUCUUCAAAGAAACUGGCUACUGGAACAUCAGCGUCCACGGGCGUAAACACUCUUACCGCCUCUACACCAAGAUGCUGAACGAAGCCAUGCGCUGGGCAAACGCCAUCCAGGGGGCGAUAGACAGCAAAGUUCCCAUUGAAACACCAACACAGCAGCUCAUCAGGGACAUCAAGGAGAGCAGCUUGAAUGUUGAGGCUGUGGAGCAGACUUACUGGAGGAACCCCAUCCUCAGAUACACCCAGCAUCCUCUGCACUCCCCACUACUACCUCUGCCUUAUGGAGAUGUCAGCUACCAUUUGCAAAAAGAGAAAGGCUACACCAGCCUGCAGGACGAAGCUGUGAAGAUUUUCAACUCGCUGCAGGAGAUGGAGGCGGUGUCUGACCCGGUACCCAUCAUCCAGGGAAUCCUGCAGACCUGCCAAGACUUGAGGCCCCUGAGAGACGAGGUCUACUGUCAGCUGAUCAAGCAGACCAAUCAUGUCCCUCACCCCAACAGUCUGUCCAACCGAGCCCACUGGCACCUUCUCACGUGCAUGAGCUGCACCUUCCUCCCCAGCCGUGGGAUCCUGCGCUACCUCAAGUUCCAUCUGAAACGGAUCAAGGAGCUCUUCCCCGACACAGAGAUCGAGCAGUUUGCUCAUUUCAUCAAUGAGUCUCUGAAGAAGACGAAAACCAGGGAGUUUGUUCCCUCACAAGAGGAAAUCAUGGCUCUGCUGACCCGACAGGAGAUGACCACGACUGUCUAUUGUCAUGGUGGCGGCUCCUGCAAGAUCUCUAUCAACUCCCACACGACCGCCGGAGAGGUGGUGGAGAAGUUGAUAAGAGGUCUGGCGAUGGAGGACAGCAGGAACAUGUUUGCCCUGUUUGAGCACAACAAUAACAUUGACAAAGCGGUGGAGAGCAGAGUCCUGGUGGCUGAUGUCCUGGCCAAGUUUGAAAGACUGGCCGGCAGCGACGAAGCAGAAGACGAUGGCGAGUGGAAACUCUACUUCAAGCUCUACUGCUUCCUGGAUGUGGAGAGCAUGCCCAAGGAGGGAGUGGAGUUUGCCUUUAUGUUCGAGCAGGCUCAUGAGAGUUUAACCCAGGGCCACUUCCCAGCACGAGAGGAAACCCUUCAGCAUCUGGCUGCCCUGCGUCUUCAGUUCUUAUUCGGGGACAAAACUCGAGCCCCCUGGAGUCUGGAGAGCAUCUACCCGGUGGGCCGCCUGCGCAGUCGCAUCAUCCAGUUCACCAAGGUGGGCUCGGGCACCGGGUCAAGCCAAACGCUGGAGCGCAGGAGGACUAGCUUCCUGGACGGGACUUUACGUCGAGGCUUGAAAACAGGGUCCAUGAAGAAGCAGCGCAUGGAGGAGGAGCAGAUGUUGGAGAUGUGGAUCAAGGAGGAGAUGUCGGCCACCAGGGCCAGCAUCCUGGAGAAGUGGUCGCGCCUUGGAGGGCUGGUGCAGCACCAGGCCAUGCUCAAGUACAUGACCGUCAUCAAGGAGUGGCCGGGAUAUGGCUCCACGCUGUUUGACGUGGAGUGUAAAGAAGGCGGUUUCCCUCACGACCUCUGGUUGAGCGUGAGCGCUGAGAAUGUGUCCGUUUACAAACGAGGGGACCCCAAACCUCUGGAGACCUUUCCAUAUGAACACAUCGUCUUCUUUGGCGCCCCUCAACCCUGCACUUAUAAGAUCACGGUGGACGAGAGAGAGAUGUUCUUUGAGACCCCGCAGGUGGGUGAGAUCACGAAGAUCAUGAAAGCCUACAUCAACAUGAUCGUGAAGAAACGCUGCAGCGUCAAGUCCGUGUCCAGUUUUGGAAGCAACUGGAUCAGGUGAUGAACGGAAGACGGACACUCGUCUCAGCAGCAAAUAUAGAAACUCAGACGUGAGAUCUUUCACUGUCUGGUGACACCUAUGGAGGUGUACGUCCUCGUAGAUUUGCGCCUAGGUUAUAAAUAGGACUCUAAAAUGGGUGAUCCAAAAGCUUAUCAAUGAAUGUUCUUUGACUCUCAGGUUAAAAUAGAACCUCAUUUUGCCUUAUAGGUUUUUAUUUUAGCCAUUUUUAAGUCGACGUGGCCUUUUAUGAAUGUUAACUGAACCCAAAAUUUGUGUAGAUGACACUUUUAGCACCUGGACAGCGCAAGAAUGAGAGCUCGCCUGAAACCACUGCGCUACUACCCCAACAUUUGUGCUUCUUGUCUGUAAACUGACUGUGUUUUUGAACUGUUUUAGGUCUGUUGAUGUAGCGAAGACUGACAUUGUUUGUUCAAUGUGACCGUUUCAUGUGUUCAAGUGAACUUGAGGGUGGGGUAUUUAUUUAUUUGAAUCAAGUGGCCUGUAAAAAGCAUUUAUCGCGGUUUGUUGUCAGCUACUUUGUGUGUGUUUUGGAGUGUAAGACAAAAGAAAUCAGGAGGUGUGUGUUCCCCACGAAAGAAUAUCCCCGUCACUGGAUAUCCAAACAUGAUAAGCUUCAGUUUGUCUUCCGAUCUGGUCCCAUCCUGAGAGCUGGUUAGCUGCCGGCGGCGACACCAGACUCUCGCCACUGACGACGACUGUACCUGUCUGAUUUUUUGAGAGAAGAUAAUCAGAAAAUGUUUUAUAUCGAAAUUUAAAGAGGCUUUAAUAAAUUAU